AUGUGUAGUUUCCACUACCUGGAAGACUCGACUUGCUCUCCGAGAACCAGUUCCCCGACAGGGUUCCUAGAGCGCAGGCUGCACGGCACAGCCCCAACACUCCCUGCUGCUUGUGAAUCUUCGCAUCGCCCUCCCAGGGGUCAGGAAUGUGUGCUUCGGUGUCUCCAGAGCCUAGCACCACCCCAUGACUCAGCUAGCGCUCGGAGGGUCCUUCCAUCUGCCGCCGCUGGGGCCUUCGCUACUUCCCCCUCGCUCCUACUGGCUGGCCGACCCGGCUGCCCAGGCCCGGAAGCCCAGGAUCCCAGUCACGCCCACGCCCCCCACGUGCGCCAUCAGCCCCUCCCCCAGCUCUCGCUCGCCCUCCCGAGUCCUCCCUCGGCCCGGUCCCCGCCUCUAGCUCCCCCUUGCCCUCCAAGGUCCUUCUCGGCCCCGCCUCCUGCCGCGCCCCCAACGCUGCUCCGUCGGCCCCCGCCUCCGGUCCCGCCCUCAUGCUCCUCCCAUUUGGUCCUGUCUUCUGCACUGGCAGAGGUCGCGGCCGGCCUCGGAGAGGAGACGCCGACGUCAGCGCGCCGGGGCGGGGCUGGCGGCAGGAGACGCCGCGUUGAGAGCUUGGGCUGCUCCGUGAGCCGCGGGCGCGUUGCGCUGCCUGGCGGCCUUUGCCCGAGCCGAGCCCGCUUCCCGAGGCCGCCAGUCGUCGCCUGCCCGCGCCUGCGCAGCGUCCCGGGCCGAGAGGGCCACGGCGGCGGC